CACAAGAUAGCAAAAAUGGCCGCCGAAGUUGCAGCCGGAGCGUACAUUACCGCAGAGGCGAUCGAGCACACUGCCGAAGCUGGAUACGCAGCUUACAUUGUUUCGAAGCCCACAUUGCCUUUGAGAGCAACGUUCAACCGGAUAGCAACAACUUCCGGUGAUCACACGGGGCGAUCGCUGGAGAGGUCACAUCACACGUUGACCGUGGUCAACAACAAGGCUUACAUAUUUGGCGGCAUCACAUCAGAGAACAAGAUGGCAAGCAGUGAGGUUCACGGAAUUACCCUCGAGCACUCUGGUGAGCCUGAGAUGGACUAUUACUUGAUCCCAGCAGUACCAUCAGUAGAAGGCGAACGAGUACCAGACGCAAGAGCAAGUCACGCGGCUUGCGCGUUUCGUGGAAAUGUGGUCGUUUACGGAGGCUGCAACGAGAAGGACGAACUUUUCGAUGAGAAAUCCUCGGUAUGGAUGUUCAGCCCGGAGCGCAAGACAUGGGAGCACUUAGCACCAUCGACUCUCGACCUUGCUCCCGGUCCGCGACGACAUGCAAGGCUAUUCGCGCAAGAUAAGUGUGUCGUCUUAUUUGGCGGCUACGACGGCACCGGCGACCUGGCUAGUGACAUCUGGCAGUUCGACGUUGCCUCUAGAGUGUGGUGGCAGCUCCCUACUGCGCCAGUUGCGACUACAAAUGUUGCUCUAGCGAACAAUCAGCUCUGGCUGAUCUCAGGCUCGGAUCCGAUGAGCAGCCAACUCCAUCACCUGGAUAUCUCUUCGCCGAAAAACGAGAUGUCUUGGGACACUUUUACCUUUCCAACAAACCCAAUGGCUCCAGGUCCAAGAGCUCGUCAGGACGGAGCCUUCUUACCGAUCCAUACCGGCUACGGUCGAAACUACCUCAUAUACUUACUUGGUGCCCGUGCGGAUACAUCGUUGGCGACGACUACUGCUUCAGAGGACCCCAAACAUGCAAGAGACACCACGCAGUGGAGCGACACAUGGGCCUUGCAGAUACCUUCUAGUGAUCUUCAAAUGAAAGCGUCGACAAGUUUCAGGGAGGCCAUCAAGCCAGCAAAGAUCAAAGAUGCAAUCAGGUCUGCGCUUGGUGCUGAGACACACGAGCUGUCUUGGGGCGAGGCAGUUGUACAGGUACCUUCCGAAAAGGAGCUCGAAGAGAUGGACGGCAAGCUGCACCCAGGACCAAGAGCGUUUUUCGGAGCAGAUGUUAUGCAAGAUGAAAAAAGCAUAGCUUUCUGGGGUGGUAUGGAUGCAAAGGGUGAAAGAGUCGGAGAUGGAUGGGUCAUAAGGCUGGAGUGAACAAGUGAGGUACUCGGAAUUACCCCUUCCGGAUUUACUACGUGAAUAGCGGAAUAA